GUAGUUUGGCCUGAAUUAUUUGCCUUCGGCCGAAUUGAAUAAAGAAUUAGUCAUAGUUUGUAUAAGUUGGUCAGAUACCCCGCCGGAAAUUCUCCUUGAGACGACAUCGUUUCAUUAGUGACUUUUUCCUUUUUUUGAGCUCUGUUUAUGUGUAUCGUCGUCCUCUUCCUUCUUCCCUUUCUCACUCUCUGUCUUCUCUUUACUUCAACGUCCGCACCUCUCUCUCUCUCUCUCUCUCACACACACACACACACAGUCUCUGUCACACCCAAGAGCUUCAACUUCGACAGAAAGAAACAACUAUUCAAAUGCUGAAGACUAUUUUGUGCUAAUUGCAACCACAUUGUCCUUUUAGAAGAAUGUUGAUGUUGUAUGGAACAGAAGGAAAGAUGGAUGAAUUGUUGAAGAGUCAUAUGUUUGCAGCCCAUGCAAUUGCUGCAGCAGGAUCUAUCACAUUAGGCACUGUUCUCACUUAUCCUCUGGAUACUAUCAAGGUCCUUCUACAGGUCGGGUCAGGGCCCAGUAAACAAUUGACUACAGCUCAAGUUCUUGACAGAGUUCGAACUUUAUCAGGAAAUUUAGGUUUGUUCAACGGUCUUGGGUGGUGUACACUUGGAAGAAUCUCAGGUGUGGGAACUCGCUUUGGUAUUUAUGAAAUACUUACAGCUUUCUGCAAAGAUGGUCGAGAAGAUGAUUAUGUGCAUGCCUCUGAGGCCCUCAUGGCUGGAAUUGCGGCUGGUGCCAUGGAGUCAUUCAUAGCCUCGCCAUUUGAACUUAUUAAACUUCGUGCACAGGUGACUUCUGCUUCUCGCAUUCCAAGCUCUACUGCUGUUGCAGAAAAAAGUGCUGUUUCGCCUUUGAUUGCAAGAUUACUACGCGGUUAUUCUCCAGACAUCAGGUCAUUGAACCAUUCUGUUGGUCUUUUAUCCACCCUGACUGACAAACAUGCCAGUAUCAUUGGUGCCUUAAAAGGGUAUCCAUGGAUGUUGACUGGGUCUGGGAAGCCGCCAUCUGUUUAUGAUGUUCGCAGGCCUUUGGACAUAAUCUCUUUGGAAGGAUGGGGUGCUCCAUGGAGAGGUCUCCGAUCAGGAGUAGUUCGAGAUUCCAUAUUUGGCGGCAUAUUCUUUUCAAGCUGGCAAUUCCUACACACAGCAAUGCUUAAUUGGAAGGCAGUUGAAAUGGAUCCUCCACCAAGUAUUGCACUGAAAAUAGCUCAUGUUGGUAUGCGUCACAAGGUGUCUGGCGGUUCUUCCAACUCAUCACCUGAUUUGGUAACCACCUUCAAUUGCUCGCCCCUGAUCAGGUCAUGCUUGCAAGGUCCUUGCUGCAUGUCUUACCCAACGAUGCUAAGGCUUGGGGGCACACGGCUUGCUGAGCCCUUGGUGCCCUUAGCCAUCACCACUCCCUCAUAUAUGCUUCACCAAGGUUUUCCAAAGAGACAUGAGCAGCAUCUUUUGAACCGAGAUUACAGAACUUCUUGUACUAGUGCUUGUAGGGUUAUUCUCGAGUGGUCUGAUGGAGAAAUUGGUCCACUGUCUCCUCUAGCUGUUAGUCUUGCAGCUGGGUUUUCUGGUUCAAUUGCUGCUGCUGCUUCUCAUUGUUUCGAUACUGCUAGAAGUCGAGCACAAUGUACUGUGCUGCCCAAGUUUGGUCACUUUCAAAGUGUAUCUGUAAAAUUUGGAAUCAUGACUACCGAUAUUAAGGGUGCUGGAGUUCUUAGUUAA